GGGAGAAUGACUUCUCGUGCAGCAGCCAGUUUCUUCAGACCGCUGAGUCCGAGAGGAUCAGAGAGAGAGAGAGAGAGAGAGCGCACAUCAAAUUCUUUGCACGGAAGGGAGACCCUCACAUAGAUCUGCAGAAAGGCGUGUUGGGCAAUAACUGACACUUUCUAUUAAAUAUGAUCUGCUGCACUUUUUCUUUGACCCUGCUGAUAUAUUCUUUUUGAGAUCUAAGUUCACAUCCGAGACACGCAUGCUCAUUACCGGAUGAUAAAUUAUUAAAUUCCAUAUCAUUUAAAAAAAAAUAUAUAUAUAUAUAUUUGCUCAACAGGAAAAAAAUAUGCACAGAAUGGUGCGUUGCUUUAGCCUCAAUACGACUUCUUCAUUCUUGCUGAUGUAAGUCUGGUUGGAAAAGACCUGGUAAAAUCUCACCUUGGAUGUCUAAGUUAAGUCGCAUUACCUCUCCGGCACUUCAAGAAAGAACCGUAUUUAAUGGAGCACAACAAAUCCUGAGGGAUAAUCUCUCAUGCUCUUCUACAUUACCUGGCCGUGGAUUUUCAGACUUUUGACUGCAAGAUGUUACCAGGAAAAGGACCCGUUUAUUGCGGGGUGCUUUCUCUCAGAGUUGCAAAAUCAUCGGGCACUUUGCACAUGUGCUCUUAUUUUAGAUAAAUAAAUAGAAAUAUAUUUGUACUUUAGUCGUUGCCGAGGACAUUGUUGUAAAGAAGAAACAACCUGUGGUUACUAUGCAAUUGCGACUACUCUCCUUGGUUUUAAUCUUUGUGCACUUUAUGGAGUAUAGUGACAGUCAACACGCCUCCAGGAGCAGGCGGCAAAGACGGACACACCCUGGAGUAAGUCACGGUUGCCAAGGGGGAUGUGCGACGUGUUCUGACUACAAUGGGUGUUUGUCCUGUAAACCGAGAAUGUUUUUCUUCUUGGAGAGGAAUGGAAUGAAGCAGAUUGGAGUGUGUCUGCCCGCAUGCCCAAGUGGCUACUAUGGGACGAGAUCGCCAGAAAUUAACAAAUGUCAAAAGUGUAAAGCUGACUGUGAUGCCUGCUUCAACAAAAAUUUCUGCACCAAAUGUAAAGCUGGGUUUUACUUACAUAAGGGAAGAUGUCUUGAAAUCUGCCCAGAGGAGUUUGAGCCUAAUGAUCAAUUAAUGGAAUGCAUCCCUGUGGUGCACUGUAUAGUGGGAGAAUGGAGUCAGUGGACUCCGUGUUCAAAGAGAGGGAAGACUUGUGGCUUCAAAAGAGGGGAGGAAUCGAGGAGUCGGGAGGUGGUCCAGCAGCCUUCAGCACGUGGAGACACUUGCCCUGUUACCACUGAGAAAAGGACAUGCGUCGUAAAGAGGAAAAAAUGCCGCAAAGCAGAAAAAAGGGGAAAAGAAGAGAGAAGAAAAAGACCAGCAAAAGAAGAAAACCACGAGAGCAGACAAGAUGAGAGAGACACCAAAAGAGAUACAGAUACAAGAGGGGCAUCAGAAAAUAAAAACAAAACUGAACACAGGAGAAAGAAAGCGCAAGGCAAACACCACACUUCUACAGCUGGGAGCUCUGGACACUAACAUCCUCACUGGAUUGUUACGAUUUAAGAUGCUGCUACCUGUGUGAGUGCAUGUGUGGCUGUGUGUGUGCAUGAGUGUGUACGGGUGUGUGUGUGCAAGAAUGUGCAUAUGGAUACAAAAAUGAACAGUGCAUCAUGAGUGGAAUUACCGGCAGCGAGGAGUUCUCUGCCUAAAAGGACCCCAAAGGAAGACCAAAAAUGGAACUGCUAUAACCGCUUUAACAAAUACAUGUAACUUUUUAUCCUUCCACAGACAAUUUUAUCUUUGAGUUGAUAUUGUACAAGUCAUUGUUUUCUUUUCGGGGCCAGGUUCUACAUCCCAUCCAAGUCUGAAUGUAGAUGGUGUUAUAAUACUUAGAUUUGCUGUUUAGAUGUCUAAUUAUAACAGAGUAAUUUAAAACUGUGCUUCAGACUUCAUUUAUGCAAAUUUUACACAUUUCUCCAACUGCAUGCCAUCCAGUAAACCCUCUUGCAAGAGAGAAAGACUAUUAUAUCAGCACAGAUUCAACAAAUGUUAUUUUUAUGUGGCAUUUUCUUUAACAGGGUGUGCUGUGCUUUUUCCCCUUCACCGUUAUGCCCGUUCAUCAUGAAAGCUGGUGGUACUGAUGGCAUAGAUAGUUGUGUGCCUUUGAGCUACUUCUCAUGAAGUUAAAUGCCACUAAACAGACUGAAUUACCUGUAUGGCAGAUAAGCCAUAUGGGAUCCAUGGAUUUCCUACACAUGCGUAUUCUGUGUCUACAUCUUAGACUGGCAUCAGGACCAAAUUUUUGCCUUUUUACAAUCCUCGUAUUAUCUAAAAUUCCCGGUUUGUAACAUUUCGUUGGCAGCUCAAACAAGCAGUACAUUUUUAAUAAAGCGUUUAAGCCAAUUACAACAAAGUAGACUACAUUGUGCUUGCAACCAGUAUUUAAAUAAAAUUAAAUAAAUAAAUAAUCUUUAUAUUUUUUGGCUA